UAUGUAUAUAUAAAUAGAGAGCGUGCUGGUUUUAUCUUUGUGACACACAGAUGGGAAAAGUUUCAGCUAAUCGUUUCGAUAACAGGGAGAGUUCCAGCAAAAGGCUUCGGAUGGUUCAUAAUGAGCAACUGGAAGAUGAAGAGGAAGAAGAAGUUAAUAGUAAAGACCUUAUUGGUUCUGCAACAAAGGCUUUGGAUAGUUCUAUUUGUGUGACGCUCUCUGACCCUGACGUGCUUGAUUGCUCCAUUUGUUAUGAACCCUUGACUAUUCCUGUCUUCCAGUGUGAAAACGGUCACAUUUCUUGCUCUAUUUGCUGUUCUAAAAUUGGGUACAAGUGUGGCAUGUGCUCAAUGCCCAUUGGCUUCAACCGUUGCCGAGCCAUUGAGAAAGUAUUGGAAUCUAUUAAAAUAUCAUGUCAGAAUGCAAAGUAUGGUUGCAAAGAGACAUUAAGUUACAGUGACAAGAAUAACCAUGAAAGGAAAUGCAUACAUGUACCAUGUUCCUGUCCGAUUUCAGGUUGUGACUUUGUUGCCUCAUACAAGGAGUUAUCCAUUCACUUCAGCCAUGAACAUGGGGCUUCAUCAACCCAAUUUUCAUACAAUUACUCUUUCUAUGUCUCAUUGAAGUCUGAUGAUGAUGAAAUCAUUAUUCUUCAAGAGAAAACUGAUGGCAAAAUGUUUAUUCUCAACCAUAAUGUUAUGCGCCUGGGUAAUGUAGUCAAUAUUAGCUGCAUUGGGCCUAACUCUCAUCAUUAUGAUAUCAUAGCUAAGUCUUCGGGGUGCAGUUUGAAGUUAGAGGCUGCUACUAAGAACGUUCAAGGGUGCAUUUUAGAUGCUUGUCUCUCAUCAGAGUUUCUUAUGAUUCCUUCGAAUUAUUUUGGUGGUUCUAAAUAUCCUCUCAAAUUGGAAAUUUGCAUUAAGCGCAACUACAGUGCUACACAUUAUGAACGAACAAAUAGUCAUAAAAUUACAAAGAGCGUUACUUUUUGUGAGAUGGAGAAACCCCCGAUUGAUGAACAGGGAAAUGUGGAAGGAACCAGUUCCAGCAGCACCAUCAACACCACUCGGCGUCCGAGGAACCCGAUUGAGGAAUUGGAAAUGCUUGGUUACUUGAGUGAUACAGAAGAAGAAGAAGAAGCAGAAUAUGUGGAGAGAGAAGAAGAAUUUGAUGAUGAAGAAGUAAAUGAAGAGGAUGAUGGUGAUGAAGCGGAAGAAGAUAUGAACAAUGAUGAGGCCAAUGAUGGUUUUGUUGUAGCAGGUGUUGAUAGAAAAGUUGUUGUGCCAACUUUUGAACCAAAGGUUUCAGAUAAGUCCAUUCAAGCGACUCUUUAUGACCCUGACGUGCUUGAUUGCUACAUCUGUUCUGAACCUUUGACUAUUCCAGUUUUCCAGUGCAUCAAUGGGCAUAUUGCUUGCUCCUCAUGCUGUUCCAAACUUGUGCAUAAGUGUCCCUUCUGCACAAUGCCAAUUGAUUACAACCGUUGCCUUGCUAUAGAGAAAGUACUAGUGUCACUUCAAACAGCAUGCCAAAAUGCAACAUAUGGUUGUGAUGAGAUAAUAAGGUACAACAAGAAAUAUGAGCAUGAGAAGACAUGCAUCUACGUACCAUGUUCAUGUCCACAACUAGGUUGCAACUUUGUUGCCAUGUCAAACGACUUAUAUCUCCACUUCAAGGAAAAUCAUAUGAAUGAGGAAAUUAAAUCAUUUAAAUAUGAUGAAUUUUUCUCUGUCUUGCUAAGCCGUAAUGAGGACACCAUUGUUCUUCAAGCGCAAACUGAUGGCAAACUGUUUGUACUAAAAAAUAAGGUAUUUGAGAAUCUGGGUAAUGCAGUGACUAUUUGUCACAUUGGACCUAAUUCACUAUACCCGGUUUCUCAUUAUGAAAUUAAAACAAAGUCUGAGGUGGAAAACAAAUUUCUACACUACCGUUCUUCUGCCAAAAACAUUCAAGGCCGCACAUUUGUCAUAUCUUCAUCAACAAAGUUUCUUUUGAUUCCAUUGGAAUUUUUCAAUUCUAAUGGACAACUCGUACUGGAAAUUCGCAUAAGUUUAUCUCACUUAAAGUUGAAGGCAGUCCAUUUGUGUUAG